AUGUCGGCAACUGCCCAAAGUGAAGCUUGGGUUGAUCUAGCGAUGGAAGCUUGGGAAACGAACCCAAACCGGAAAAUCAGGGGUAGAAAGCGUGUGGAGUCUGCAGCUCGCGCCAAGUUCGAGGGACUUGCUGCUGAUCGAAGACACAAUGUAUACACCCUAGUAUCGAGCUGGAGCGCGGCCAGAGAUGCUCUUGAUGUAGCAUACAAGGCUGUGGGUGAUCCGGAAAUUCCACAGAAUGCUGAAAACCUCACUGCCCAUAUAACGCGGCUUGAGGAGGCUAUAACGACCUCGCAAGCUGUUCGUGACGCUUUGACCGCCCUGCUGGUACGCCGCGACGUUAUACCCGAUACCGAUGGACGUGUCGUCCAGCAUGUGGAGCGACUUUUUCAGCAAGCUAAAGAUGAUUAUGACGAGCCCAUUGAGUCAAGGGUCCAGGCCCAGCAAGAUCUUGAAGUGGUACAGAACAGCGCAGAAGGCAGGGGCGAGAGCAUCAUCGACGCACGAAGCAACUCGCAAAGUGAACAGCAGAUCGCAGCCCAGACCGGUAAAAAGGCUCAGCUUCGACAAAAUGAAAGCGGCCGUGCAAACAAUGACACCGAAGGAGAACAGAACGGAGGUCGUAGUGGUGCGGAGCACGAAAAUCAGGCACAGUCUACGGGCGCUCAGCCUGCUGACAAUAACGUAGAUCGAUCAAGGGCAGGAAAUUCAGAAGACCAGCCACCUCCAAUUCCAGCAAUGCCACCGCCGCCACCGCCGCUAUUGUCUCCUGUGAGUCCAGGAAGUGUGAGACGAGCCAAAGGACUCCUCGGUGUGGGAUGGGCAGGACCAAAACUCAUCAGCGGAACGAAUCAAUCCAAAUGCGAAAUCUACGUCAAGCAGAACUCCCACGGUACCAUAGUUGAUUUGAGUUUGCGAAUAGUCGUGAAAGACACUGCUGCUGGCCAAGCAGAUGCCUUCAAGUAUGCAGAUGUCGGCGGCAUCCAAAUGCCAGUAGAAGUCGCUGCAAUGCAUAUGCUGAAGCAGCUGAUUGGAUCAGAGUGUAUCGUGCAGAUGAGGAACUGGCGUAUGUAUCCAAGUACCGUGCCUCACCUGGAUUAUCGGAUCUACAUGGAGUACUGCGGACGUGGCGAUCUAUUCGACUUCAAGAGGCCUUACUACCAGUUCGUCUCACAAGAUGCAGAAUGUCAACUGCCGCCAGAGAAUGGUAUCUGGAUCCCGGAGCCAUUUUUGUGGGCCGUGUUCCAUACGCUCGUCGCAGGUGGACUACUGAUGGAGCGUGGCGAUGGCGAUUAUCUGGAAGCUGGAGCAUGGCACACUAUCGUUCACGGUGACCUGAAGUUGGCCAACGUAUUCCUAGCUGAAAACACAAGCAAUUUCUAUCGAGGAUAUCCACAGCCAAAGAUCGCAGACUUUGGUGAAUCGUUGAUGAUUGCAAGUGAGGACAUUCGUCAGCCAGAGCAGCUAUUCGAAAACGAGGGCAUUGGCACUUACAAUGCUCGAGCACCAGAACAGACUGUAAGAAUUGGGUCGAGCCAAGAAGCCCUGCCGAGAUCGUCAACCAAUGUAUGGGGCAUCGGAUUCGUGUUGUGGAGUCUGGUACAUGGUAAGGAGACGGACAAACUUCUGCACGACUUCGAAGCAGAUGGUGAUGGCCAGGCAAAGAAGAAGCCAGCAACAUUCAAUGAUGGCGCUAGACAGCAGUACAGUCGCCAGUUGCUUGCUGCCAUCGAGCACUGUCUAGCGUACGAUGCCGCGGCACGACCUUCCUGCGCUGAUCUGAUGCACACCAUUCGUCGAAAUACGGGACACGGAAGACACGAUCGAGCACGUGGCUUGCGAGAUGCCGAUUCGAAAGACCGGAGAUUCGUGAAAUAUGGUGUUGCACCGCAGAGCGACAAGUGGCCGCUACACACUCCAUUGGUCGCGGCACCAGAAGCUGGUAAGCUGGGACGUUUCGACCCCCCGCCUCGGCGUCGAAAUCGCAGAGACCGCAGAGCUGUUGACUCAGAAACCGAAUCUGAUGACUCCGGUGAGGACGAUGAUGAUGACGACCUUGGCGGCAAUGCUGGAGACAUCUUGUCCUUCAGCACAGACGAGGGGAGUGAGCGAGGUCUGGAUGAGUCGGGGGUCACGGGACAGUCAAGAAAGCGUCCAGCGGCUGAUGGGAUUGCACCCUCCACGCCUACGAAGAGAGCCAUGACGGACAGGCAAGAUCGUGUUCCCAGUGGUGGCACCCACUUCUCGCCAUCCACGCCCCCGGAGACAGCCCAGCUUCACAGCCAGCAGCAUAAUCCUAGAGGGUCCUCCGACCUCCCUUCGCCAACUUACUCGAUAACAAGCAGCCGACGAACUAGUAAUGCUUCAUGA